AUGAACCGACCAUGGGGCCGCUCAUCCCAAGCCUCGGGUUACGGUCCGCCUUCCGCCGGUCCUUCGUCGUACUCGAACGCAUACAACCAUCAAUCAUACAAUAACUCUCCAUAUCACCACGAACACGUUCACCGCGGCGGUCGAGGUGGGCAAGGACACGGGCACGGGCGCACUAUUGGACGAAGUAGGGGUAUGGGUGUGGCAGGGCCAGGUGCACGAGGACGAGGACGAGGAGCAAGCAGAGGAGGCUCGAAGCGUGCAGCACCGAUGGAGACGGACGUGCUUGGACUAGAAGGACACCUCGAGUGCGGGCACGUAGAACAACCAGCGCGCCAGCCAUCCAUCUCGUCCCUCCCUGUAGAUGCAUCCCCAAGUACCUCGCAGCAGACCACUCCAGAGGCGGGAGGAGAAGCAACAAGUGUUCGCAAGUGUCCCUACAGAACAAGAGAUCCCACCUCUCUGGCUCUACACAAGUACGAUCGACAUCUCAUCUUGCCUGCGGGAGGACGAGCAGAGCUGGAUCGUAUAGACCCGAUCAGACGAUGGGAGUUGGCAGAGGAGCGUAAGCAGGCAGUUCGAGCCGCUAAGCGGCAGGCUCCGGAAGGGCCUUCACAGGAAGAAGACAGUGACAGCGGCAGCGAUGACGAAAGUGAUGCUGGUAGCUCGAGCUCCCAUGGCUCCUUUGAGUCCCCACGCGCCUCUGCCAGCUCGGCCCUAAAGGUCUCGGGUCAGGCGGUAGAUCCAACACAGACCAUCUCAGGUCUCAACAUCACCCUGUCAACGCCUCAACUCAUAGAGCAGUGGCGGAACGAGAGGCGCAAAAGAUUUCCCACGCAGGUCAAUGUGGACAAGAAAUUGAGAGAAGCUUGGAAUGAUGAGAAGAGCAGAGAACGGAAUGUGGGCAGAGACGCCGAAGAGAGAUCGAGUAAGAAGCAGAGGGUAUGGGGAUCUCGAGAGAAAGCAGAUGGAAAGAGCGAAGCUACGCAAGAUGCAGAGAGUAGGCAACCUGAGACUGUCGCAGGUAGGCGAGAGGAUGAGAGAACGAGCGCUGCUCACAACACCGUGAGUCAGCAAGAGGAGGGUGGCAACAGUGACAGCGACAGCGAUGGUCCUCCCGAGGAAAUCAGCACCAAGCAGAAGACUUUGGAAGGCGCAGUCGAAGAGAAGCAGAGGUCAUCAAGCACCUCACGACAAGAAAACGUUGAUGCGAGCGACUCAAGCGACUCCGAAUCGUCUUCGGGUUCACAUAGUUCUGAAGGCUCUACCUCUGAGACUCGAAGAGUUCAAGGUGAGCCGUUGGCAGAUGAGCCCAGUUUGACAGAAGACCCGUCCAAACGACACGGAGAAGCGGCGACGCAGAACGAUUCUGGUGCGACGAGUGCUUCGGGUGCUAAUGCGAGAUCCGAGCAGACCCUAGCUGGACCCAACGCUCGAGUCUGCCAGCAUUGGCUUCGAGGUAAAUGCAGCUACGGCUCUCAAUGCCGAUCUAAGCACCUCCUGGAUUUCCAGUCCUCUCGAUCAGCCAAGCAACAUCGUCCUCGCCCCAAAGCCCCACCGUCCAAUCCCUUUGCUCAACCGAACUUGCUCCGAGCGCUGCUGGAAAAAGAAAUUGCUCAGCAUGUCUCUUACGUAGCGCAAUUCGUGAGAUUCCUGGUCAGGAAUGACGUGUUGGAGGGCGUGGAGCGGCAAGUUGGAGAUGCCGCAUUGCAGAGGGAGAGGCGACGAUUGAUUGAGGAGGUAGUAGCGUCAGACGCUAUUGAUAAGCCUAGCCAGCAGGCGAGCAGCUCCUCACUAGUCGCAGGGACGAUCGCGCAAAUUGACGGAUCAGUAGCAACUCUGCCAGCUCAGGACGGUAAAGGUCGAGCACUGUACCGACCCCCAUCACCGCUCCUGCAACCGCUUUCGGAGCUGAAUUACCCUCCCGAGCCCGAUCCUUUCAUCUUUCUGGACCCGCUGCGAGCCAACGAUCCGAUGCCCUUGACGCACGCCCAGCUCGUAUCGCUUUCGGUGCAUCCGGACAUCAGGGACCUUCUUCAUUCUCCCACUAGCGCACCCUCCCGAACCGCCCAAGCUCUGGGCCAACAUCUUCCAACUCCACCAGCAUUGCAAAGAGCUCUGAAGACGUUGGACGCGCUACCUUCUUUGCGACACCGACAAUCGGCACUCGAGAUCAUGCUGGGCGUGUCGGAGCAGAGUCCGCAGCAUGCUCAUCAGCUCGCACCCACCUUUGUCCGUCGGACGCCCAAUCAGGAAAAGGACAGGGUCAUUUCGGAGAGCGAGUUGUUCAGACUAGGACUCAGAGUGGGUACGGAGGAGGUCAAGAUCAUACAGAAGCUGGCUGGAGUGGUCGCUACGGUGGUGGGCAACAUCGACUUUCAGCCAGACUCUGGUAACCUCGCAGCACUUGCGGAUGGGGAAACUUUGCGGACUGAGUCGAUGACGGCGGAGCAAGAGAGGCAAGCUUUUGAACAGAGACAGGCUGAGAGAAUGCUGGGUUGGCAACGGGAAGCCGAGAAGAGGGAUAUGCUCAGGUCGCUAGGCAUCGACGUUGACUGA